UGCUGACUGAUGUAGAGAUGUUGUUGUUUAUCGAGAGAGGUAUCCGAGGUGGUGUAGCUCAAUGCUCCAACAGAUACGCCAGGGCCAACAAUAGGUACAUGGGAGCUGAUUUCGAUCCAAGCAAAGAGGAAUCGUAUAUUAUGUACUAUGACGUAAAUAAUUUAUACGGUGCAGCUAUGAGUCAAUCUUUACCAGUAGGCUCAUUCGAAUGGGAAGAAAAUUUUGAACAAUUAGAUAUUUGCAAUAUUCCCGAUGACUCUCUUACAGGUUACAUAUUCGAAAUUGAUUUGGAGUAUCCUGUCGAGCUUCAAGAGCUUCAUAAAGAUUUGCCACUCUGUCCGCAACAAUACACUCCUCCAGGCUCUAAAAAUUCGAAAUUGAUAACUUCACUACUCCCGAAAAAUAGAUACGUCAUUCAUUAUAAGAAUUUGAAACAGUGUUUGAGAUUAGGUCUAAAGUUAACAAAAACUCAUCGUGUUCUAAAAUUUAAACAGGCACCGUGGCUCAAAAAGUAUAUAGAAUUGAACACCGAAAUGAGAAAAAAAUCGAAUAAUGAUUUUGAAAAAAAUUUUUAUAAACUUAUGAACAAUUCGGUUUUCGGAAAAACAAUGGAAAAUGUCAGAAAACAAAAGGACGUUAGAUUGGUUACUAGGUGGGACGGAGCGUAUGGAACAAAGGCUCUGAUUGCAAAACCAAAUUUUCAUAGCUGUACCGUAUUUGAUGAAGAUAUGAUCAUAGUAGAAAUAAAUCGAACCAAAAUUAAAUUCAAUAAACCGAUAUACGCAGGAUUUUCCAUUCUAGACAUUUCUAAAACGUACAUAUACGAUUUUCACUACAACUAUAUAAAAAAUACUUUUGGUGAUAGAGCUAAAUUGAUGUAUACCGACACCGAUAGUCUAAUAUACUACUUUACAGUUCCGAAUAUAUAUGAGUAUAUUAAACGCGACUUAGAUAAAUUUGACACCUCAGACUACCCUCCGGACAACGUUUAUGAUAUACCAUUUGUAAAUAAAAAAGUAUUAGGAUUAAUGAAGGAUGAAAAUAAUGGAAAAAUUAUGAUUGAAUUUGUAGGAUUGCGAGCAAAAUUAUACUCUUUCAAAAUUUUAGUAGAAAGCAAAUAUAAAAAACGCGCGAAAGGAGUCAAGGCUUCCACAUUGAAAAGAAUUACCUUUGAUGAUUAUAUUAAAUGUCUUUUGCAUCAUCAAAAUUUAAUGAAAUGCCAAAAUUUAAUUCAAAGUAAAAAACAUAAAGUUCAUACCGCACAACAGAGAAAAGUAGCACUGAGCUGGAAUGACGACAAGACGAUCAUUCUUCCUGGUACGACCGACACCUUACCGUGGGGUUAUACAAUGUAAGAUGUAUAUAAUAAGAAUGUACAAAUGUAAAAAUUGAAAAAUAAAGACAACGUAUGCUUUACGUUAUUGCACAUCGCUUGAUCCUUCAAUGCAACGCCAGCUCCUAACCAUCCGGUUUGCUCUUUCCGUUUGUUAUCUUAAUAAAUAAUUCUAAGUAGUCGCUCACAUAGAGAGUUUAGAGGUAGGGAGAACGCUUGCAACCGCUGCGACUCAAAACAGACGCCGUGGUUCAAAAGUAUAUAUAUUUGAACACCGAAAUGAGAAAAUCGAAUGAUGAUUUUGAAAAAAACUUUUAUAAACUUAUGAAUAAUUUGGUUUUCUGUAAAACAAUGGAAAAUGUCAAAACACACAAAAAGACGUUAGACUCGUUACGAGGUGGGAUA